UUGCAUCAAAGCAAUGUUGCAGAACAUGAGAAUGAAACCAAUGUCACUUAUUUUCUUGUUCACAAUUUCCUUGCACUUUCAUUCACUGCAGAUUCAUGGUUUGCCAAUUGCACCAGCAUUGUAUGUGUUUGGGGAUUCUUUGUUUGACAGUGGUAACAAUAAUUUUUUACCAACUGUUUGUAAGGCAGAUUACUUGCCUUAUGGGGUGAAUUUUGUCAAGGGAGUCACUGGAAGAUUUACCAAUGGCAGAACAGUGGCAGAUUUUAUAGCUGAAUUUCUUGAGCUACCAUAUCCUCCACCAUACAUGAGCAUACGUGGAUCAAACACAGCACUUAAAGGCCUGAAUUAUGCAUCUGGUUCUUGUGGCAUUCUACCUGAAACCGGAAGCCAAUUUGGGAAAUGCUUGAAUCUAAAAGACCAGAUAGAUUUGUUUCAAAGAACGGUGAAGUCAGACUUGCCAGGACAGUUCCAAAAUCCCCAUGAUCUUCUGCACUACCUAUCCAAAUCUAUAUUUCUGUUUUCUAUUGGUAGCAAUGAUUUCAUCAAUAACUACCUUUACAUCAAAGCGUUCGAUACAAGUCAACGCUACUCUCCUCAACAAUUUGCACAACUCUUAAUGGAUGCGCUUGCUAACCAUUUGGAGAGGAUGUACAAUUUGGGAGCCAGGAAAAUAGUCACGUUUGAAAUUGGUCCCCUUGGAUGCAUUCCAUCAAUUGCAAAGACACAUAACCACAGUGGAAACUGUGUGGAAGAUACAAACGUGCUAGCCACAAUUUUUAAUGAAAAUCUUCGUGUGACGCUGGCAAAUUUGACAAACACUUUCCAAGGUUCUUUCUUUGUUCUUGGUCGAGCUAAUUGGAUCGGCUAUGAUGCAAUCACAAGUCCUGUUAAAUAUGGGCUAAUCGAUGGAAGCAAUCCAUGCUGCACUACUUGGGCAGAUGGGACUUCAGAGAGCAUUCCAUUGCUUGCACCAUGCUUAGAACCAAACAAUUACUUCUUCUGGGAUGCUUUCCACCUUACUGAAUCUGUAUCCUCCGUUAUAGCUACAGGCUGCUUCAAUGGUUCAACUGUUUGCACCCCCUUAAACAUCAAGCAACUUGUAGAAAUGUAAUUGUAUAACAUAAUCCAUUAUGCAUCAGCCCAUCAGCAAGGUCAAUUUAAAAAAUGGGAUUAGUUUGU